AUGUCCGCCCACAGCUCCGAGAAGCGCGACGAUGUCCCGCCCGGCCCGCACUACGCCGAGAACAGAGCGGAAGAGCUCCCCCACCCCGCCUCGGUCACGACCAUGCAGCAGACCGCCCGUCUCUGGGUCUCGCCAUCCACCCUCUUCACCAGAGAGCAUUUCUUUGGCGAUGUCAGCCCAGUCAAGGCCACUAUCCCGCUGGCUGCGUUCUGCUUCAUGACCGGCUUCAUUGACUCGGUCGCGUUCACCGCCGUCUUCGUGUGGGCAGGUUUCCAGACAGGAAACACGGUCCAGCUCGGCCUCGCCAUCGCCCGUCUAUUCUCCAGGCCGACCGACCACACCUUCCACAUCGCCGACCAGCAGGCCCUCUGCUCCCUCAUCACCUUCAAUGCCGGCGCGUUCAUCGGCCGCCUCGGCGACCGCAUGGGGCCCCAGUCCCGCGCCUGGCUCAUGCUCGGCACCUUCAUCCAGGCCCUCUUCACCAUGGCCGCCGCCAUCGCCGCCUGGCAGGGCGGCCAGAUCUCCGUCGCUACCGAGCGCUUCAACCCCGCCUGGACGAACGCACUCGGCUUUGUUGCGCUCGGCUUCAUGAGUGCGAGCAUCGGCCUGCAGGGCAUCAUGGGCAAGCGGGUCAACACGCAGUUCACGACUACUGUCGUACUGACGACCGUGUGGUGCGAGCUCAUGGCCGACCCGAAGCUCUUCCAGCUCAACCGCCACAUCAUCUCCCGCGACCACAAGGUCAUCGCCAUCUUCUCGCUUUUCCUCGGCGGCUUCGUUGGCCGCGCUCUCAUUGACCAGAUCGGCGCCGCGGGCACCCUCGGCGUUGGUUGCGGUAUCCGGGCGAUCGUGGCGAUUUGGUGGCUCUUCGUGCCCGGGAAGGAGGGUGCAAAGGGGAACAAGAAGCCCGCAACGGCCUAA